CUGAUCCACUGCGACUGCCUUGCCACGAGUGUACACCUGCGACUGCCUUAUCUAGUUCGACGGUACAGGCUGUAACCCAGUGAUCUCCCCCUGGCACGCCCGCAAACAUGGACGUAGUCAAAGCCGUGGAGACCUACAUAACGAAGAUGGUCUCGACACCAUCUUCCAUGAAGGUACUCCUGCUCGACAACCAUACGACACCUAUAGUUUCGCUAUCCGCGACCCAGUCCAUACUCCUCUCACACCAGGUGUACCUUACGGACAAGAUCGACAAUAAGAAACGCGAACGCAUGGCACACAUGAAGUGCAUCUGUUUCUUGCAGCCGAGCGAGGAGAGCUUCGAGGCCCUCGAGGCGGAGCUGCGCGAGCCCAAGUACGGCGAAUACUACCUCUACUUCAGCAACAUACUAAGCAAGACCGCUAUUGAGCGCCUUGCGGACGUUGACGAGUACGAAGUCGUUCGCGAAGUACAGGAAUACUUUGCAGACUAUUCCCCCGUCCUCCCAUGCUUGUUCUCACUCAACAACGCGCCGGCUGCGGAACGCCCACUGUAUGGCAACAGCCCGAACGUAUGGGACCCCAAGGCGCUCGAGCGCGCAGUACAGGGCAUCACCGCCGUGCUGCUCAGCCUGAAGAAGAAGCCCGUCAUUCGGUACGAGAAGAGCAGCCCGAUGGCGAAGAAACUCGGCGUCGAGAUCCAGCACCGCAUACAGUCCGAGGCCCAGCUGUUCGACUUUCGGUUGACACAAGUACCGCCACUGCUCCUUAUUUUGGACCGACGGGGCGAUCCUGUCACGCCGCUUCUUUCUCAGUGGACAUACCAGGCAAUGGUACACGAGCUACUGGGCGUUCAGAACGGGCGCGUCGACCUCAGUCUGGUGCCUGAUAUCCGACCGGAGUUGAAGGAAGUCACGCUGACGACCACCACGGACCCAUUCUUCCAAGCACACCAUCUGGCGACGUUUGGUGACCUCGGCACGGCGCUGAAGUCAUACGUGCAAUCGUACCAGUCACACUCACUCGCGCACAAUCCGUCUACGAUCAACUCGAUCACGGACAUGAAGCGAUUCGUCGAAGAGUACCCUGAGUUCCGAAAGCUUGGCGGGAACGUGAGCAAGCACGUCGCGCUGGUCGGCGAGCUAAGCCGGCUCGUUGAGAGGGACAAGCUGCUGGAGCUCGGCGAGGUCGAACAGGGCCUGGCGACGGGAUCCGGCGCCGACCUGAGGAGUGUGCAAGGACUUGUGGCGAAUCCAGCAAUACAGACCUUGUACAAGCUACGUUUGGUCAUGCUGUACGCGCUACGGUACCAGAAGACGCAACCGCAGAAUGUAGCGUCACUCAUCACGUUGAUGCUGGAGAACGGCGUUUCGCGAGAAGACGCGAAACUUGUAUAUGUUCUUCUAAACAUCGCCGGUUCGGAUCAGCGCCAGGAAGACCUGUUCUCGGCGGAAUCUCUGCUUGCCAAGGGCCGCUCCGCGCUGAAAGGUCUCAAGGGUGUCGAGAACGUAUACAUGCAACAUACCCCGCAUCUUUCACAAACUCUCGAGAACCUCUUCAGGGGUCGGCUUCGAGACACCACACAUCCUUUCCUCGACAGCGCGGGUCCAAAUGCUGGACUGCAACGCCCCGGAGACGUCAUCAUCUUCAUGAUCGGCGGCACAACGUAUGCAGAGGCACGCGUGGUCGCGCUAUUGAACCAGGAGGCAACCUCCGGCGGGCCAUCCGCGGCAGCGGGGACGCGCCUUCUGCUCGGCGGAACCUGCGUCCACAACUCUUCGAGUUUCCUCGACAUGGUCCGCACCGCGGCUACGAACUUCCCAGAAUCGGUGUACGAGCCGCCGCCGGGCUCGGCGACGAACGCGCCAUCGCUGAACCUCAAUCUCGGCGGCGUGAACGUGAGCCUAGGCGGCGCCGCUCCAGGAGUGUACCGUACGAGCGGCGAGGGUGUGAGCCUGCAGACGGAGGGCAUCAAGGACGGCGUGCGGAAUCUGCUCGGGAAGGUGAAGCAGGGUGUGGACCGGAUAGCGGCCCAGCCAUAGGCAUAGGCUCGCGGGCUCGGGGGGAUGUCGGACAUUGUGCGCGACGGCUCGGGGGUAGUAGUGCUCGUUCUGGAAGGGCUGCAUGCGUAGAGUACGGAAACAUGGAACGGCUGAUUUC